AUGCGUAUUCUAGAUACUUCCUCACGUGGAAAGACUACAGAAGAGGGUCAGAUCCACGCUCAGUGACGGUAUAUACCUCCACGCUGUCUUCAGACCGCUCUCACGUCCUAAAAUGGCCUUCAGAAAGUUCCUUCCUCUGUUCGACCGGGUUCUGGUGGAGCGCUUCACAGCGGAGACGGUAACGAAGGGAGGCAUCAUGCUGCCGGAGAAGUCACAAGGCAAAGUGCUGCAGGCCACAGUGGUGGCGGUCGGGCCGGGCUCCGUCAACCAGGAUUUCUACAACUGGCCGGAUGAAUCAUUUGAGGAAAUGGACAGCACCCUGGCUGUCCAACAGUACAUUCAGCAAAACAUUCGGUCGGAUUGCUCCAAUAUUGACAAAAUUCUGGAACCUCCCGAGGGUCAGGAUGAGGGGGUUUGGAAGUACGAGCACCUCAGGCAGUUCUGUCUGGAACUCAAUGGACUCGCUGUAAAACUGCAGAGUGAGUGUCAUCCAGACACGUGCACUCAGAUGACGGCUACAGAGCAGUGGAUCUUUCUAUGUGCUGCCCACAAAACACCCAAAGAGUGUCCUGCCAUCGAUUACACCAGGCACACGCUGGACGGAGCUGCCUGUCUCCUCAAUAGCAACAAAUACUUCCCCAGCAGGGUGAGCAUCAAGGAGUCGUCUGUGGCCAAGCUGGGCUCUGUCUGUCGUCGCAUCUAUAGGAUAUUCUCUCAUGCCUACUUCCAUCACCGCCAGAUAUUUGACAAGUAUGAGAACGAGACGUUCCUGUGUCACCGGUUCACGCGCUUUGUGAUGAAGUACAACCUGAUGUCCAAGGACAACCUGAUCGUGCCGAUUCUGGAGGAGGAAGUCCAGAACACCUCAUCAGCUGGCGAGAGCGAGGCCUAACCAACAGCUGCUGCCAUAAGGGAGACACAUGUAAACUCACAGUAUCUACACAAUACAGAGGAGACACUCAUUCUGCUUAUAUUUAGACACACUACAGUGUAUUAAGGCUCCUGUCUAGUGACACUGUCCACGUCCCUCCUCCCCACCCACCUGUGUCCAUCUCAGAGGAUGUAAACAGAGUUCAACCAGGAUUAUUUUCUGUUUCUGCUCUGAGAGUCCCUGCUCACAUUUAUGAUGUAGAAGAACCGCGUUCUGACCCGCCUCGUCCACAGGAUCCGGCUCGCUCGCACCUCCGUCGCGGCUUCACGUCCACCGGGAACUUUUCUGACUGUAAUUUUAUGUUUUAUGUCUUAUUGAUGGAACACAUUCAACCCUCAGAUUUGUUUCCCUCAUAAAAAAGAGAAUUUAUUUUCAUCUAAAUAAGUUUAACUUAACGUUCCCAAGGGAGGAGGUGAAGCCAAGAACCUUUUUGGUACCAAGUUUUGCCCUUAAAAAGUUCCUACUUGAGGAGUCGUACUCGUAUGGGAAGUUUUCCUGCUUUUUGUAAGACAUAAUAGUAAGUAAGCAGUUUAUUUAAUGAACUCCAUUUUAAGUCCUAAAAGCAUUAAAUGGUCAUUUAAGCCAUUUAAGAUCUUCAUGACCUGCAAUCCACCUAGACAAGCAACAGUUAAGUCGGGUGACUUCAUUUCAUUCUUAAACCAACUGACAAAGGAAAGUAACGAGUUACAUCCAACCAAGUGCAGCUUUUUCUCACCAGGACGACCGAAAAAAGGUUUUAUCCCUCAACUUCCUGCUUCAGAGUCUGGACGAAGAACGGACCAGUAGCUAUAAAACGUGUCGCUUCGCAGCUGGACAUGAAGUCCAGCCCCUCCAGGAGAAAACGUUGGCGGUUUUAUCUCUUUACAGUCUGAAAAUGUUUUUAAAUGUUGCCGGAUAUCAAACGCGACGGUAAAAAGCAUCAAGCAUUCCGGCUUCGCUGACAAACGGCUGUGGCGUGACGGCCAUCGCUGUGGACACCGUGGGGGUUUUCCUCCUUUAAAGCUGCGGGAUUUGCAUUAAUCUGUAAUCCAGGUGAGAUGAAUUAAAGACGCCCCCCUCCCUCUGUACAUAACACCCUCCUCUGAACUCACUGUCAUGUUUGUGAUGGUGCCUCGUCUCUGCUUCUCUUUGCUUGUGUUGCUGACCCGCCUGGUUUGGGGGUUUUGGGUGAACUAGAAGUUAAACUGCUGACGUAACAACGUAGGUGUGCAGCUCGUGUUGUAGUGAACAACCUUAACCUGUAGCUCUGUAUGUGAACAGGCAGUCAGAUGUUCUUUCUGUGGCCUCUGAGAUGGUUCAGAGUUUUUAGGAAGGCCUUCUGGCCCACUCUGAUCCUGCUUUGUGGACCCCCCUGCCCCCGUCCCUCCAUCACUUUAAUACUGUGUACCAUGUGGUCGAUACUCCUCUGAAGGCCUGAUUAACGCCAAGCUGAUGUCGGGAAUAUCGGCCACAUGAAGCGUCGGAGCACAACCCACCUUCCUCCUCUUUAACCCCCCCUCCUCAUUAAGUUAUUGUGUGGGAGGAGUCUUGUCAGUCCAACCCACUUUUUGUUUUUUAAAUGGACUAAAAAUUUUGUUACUGUUGACAUUUUCAUGAUGUCUGUUAAUAAAAAAAGAUCUAUUAUUCGGA